AUGCCUUGCGAGAGCUGUGGUAUACAAUUCAGCGUAUUCAAGAGAAAACGGGCUUGUUCGGAAUGUGAGCGGUACUACUGCAGCGGCUGCUUGCGUCGUGGCGGAGGCACUAUGUGUGCUCCGUGCAGGGUGCUCUCAACUCGCCCCUUGUCCAGACAAAACAUCGCGCACCUCAAAGUGCGCGACCUCCAAUGUUUCCUUCACAGGCAGAACGUAUCCACCAGAGGAUGCGUCGAGAAAGAGGAAUUACUGAGCCUGUGUGUGUCGCAUGUAAACAGUGGAGCGUACAGGCGGAGAGGGCCGCGGAACAACACUAGUGCCUUCUGCACUCUCAAGGGAAUCACCACCAACAUCAAUGAGUUCAUCAACUCAGCCUUCGAUCUUAGAAGUCCCACCAGCCCUCCGCCGGCUUCAAACAGAAGUAACUGUUUCAACUCAUCCCACCUCCACUCUCCGUCAGCCGACGCUCCUCACUCCAACACCAGUAUACCUGACAGGCACUUCACACCCACGCCCGGUGGUGAGAGGAACAUCGAGGUUCCAGUACCUGAAGCGGCGACUCCUCUGGACGCGACCCCCUCGUCCGUGGAGCAGCCCCUCGACACCACGGACUGCUUCGAGAUAGAGGACCUCGACGACACCGGCUGGGAGUUCAUCGCGCGGCCCGCUGACCCUCUGCCCACCGGUGUGUACACCACUCUCAUGAUAUACUCGUCCGUCCUGCUGGCGGCGGCGAGCGCGGGCACCCCGCAGCGGGCCGCCUCCUCCCUGGAGCUGAGGAGCGUGUCGGCCGCCGACGACACUGACACCAACGACACGGCCAGCCUGCAGGACGAGCCCGCGUACACGGAACACGCGGACCGGCACGCGCACGACCCCGCCUACAGUCCUCACAUACACCUGUCACAGUUCAAGCUGGCCUCGGAGCUGGACGCAUUGAACGUCAAACAGCUGAAGGAGCUGCUGAUGAGGAACCGCGUGGAGUACAAGGGCUGUCUGGAGAGGAGCGACCUGCUGGAGCGGGCCAAGAUGCUGUGGAGGGACCACGACAAGUACAAGGACGAGCAAGGUGCACAGUUAAUUCGUAGGGGUUAUACAUACACACACACGUACAUAGACAGACUAUCAUUACAAGGAGCCCCACCCGCAGAUAUCGACAACCUGCCCAUCGAGGACAGCUGCAAGAUCUGCAUGGCGGCGCCGCUGGAGUGCGUGCUGCUGGAGUGCGGCCACAUCGCCGCCUGCACCAGCUGCGCGCGCCAGCUGGCCGAGUGCCCCAUCUGCCGCCAGUACGUGGUGCGCGCUGUGCGCGUCUUCCGCUCCUGA